AUGGUUGGUUCGAGCUUUGAGAAGUCCGUCAAGGGCGCGACCAAGACAAAGAAUGCGGCCCCGAAAUCAAAAUACAUCGAACACAUCCUCACGGCCACCUACAGCGAUGCAGGGACGGCAGAGAUCUUUCGCACGCUCCAGAUCAGACUGCGCGAGUCGGCGUGGACGGUGGUCUUCAAGGCGCUCAUAGUGAUACAUAUGAUGAUACGUGAGGGCGCUCCGGGAGCUGCGCUGGCCUACCUAUCUCAAUAUCCUCGGAAAUUCGCCAUCACGAGCAUCUCCGACGCACAACUUCAAGGCGCGAAUAUUUGGAGAUACUCGGAGUAUCUGAUCGCGAGGUCUUUGGCCUUCUCUGAGACCAAGACAGACUACGUUCGUAACGGACAGGGCAGGCUGAAGUCAUUGACGGUCUCGAGGGGUUUGUUGCGAGAAACAGAGAUUGUUCAAAAGCAGAUAAAGGCUCUUUUGAAGUGUGAUCUCCUGAGCGAUGAACCUGAUAAUGAGAUCACCUUAACAGCUUUCCGAUUGGUGACGCUGGAUCUGUUAACAUUAUACUCUGUUAUGAAUGAGGGUGUUAUUAAUGUGCUAGAACAUUACUUUGAGAUGUCCCGAACAGACAGCGAACGAGCACUACACCUAUACAAAGUUUUCAGCACACUGACGGAGGAUGUAGUGAGCUUCUUGCGAGUCGCAAGGCAGUACGAAAAUGCCACUCGUCUUGAGAUACCAAACUUGAAACAUGCCUCUACAGACCUAGCAAAGCUAUUGGAAGACGACCUGCACGACCCGGAUUUCGCAAUUAGACGACAAGAAUAUCGCGAGCAGAAGCUUGGGAAAUCAAAGGGCGGAAACAGCUCCUCGUCCGGAGACGGUAGCCGACAACAGCAGCCUUCAUCUAAGGCGGACGAUAGUUCGACUGCUAAAGCUCCUCCAAAACCAAACGUUAAAGCUCCCGAGCCAGAUUUAAUUGAUUUCUUCGGAUCCAUUGAGCAAAACCAAGAACCUCUCGCCCAGCAGCCUCAACAGCAACAGCCGAAUAUGCAAAAUAUGCCGAUGCAAUUCCAGCAAACAGGCUUCCAACCACAACAGACUGGCUUCCAGCAACAACCUAUACCUGCUGAAUUCAUACAAAAUCAGACCGGCUUUGCACAAAACACCAAUCCAUUUGGCCAGUAUGAUGUUCAAUCUCAGCAGCAACAACAGCAGCCACCACCAGCACAGCCGCUACAAGCCUCGCACACGGGUGCUGGUUUCGGCGGCUACACCCCUCAGCCGUUUCAAAGUUCCCUAUCGCCCAUCCCGCAGAAUGGAGCUGCUCCCUUCCAGCGACCGAUGACGGCGGGGGCGACACCCCGAGCUAACAACCCAUUCCGACAAUCCAUGCUUCCGCCCGCAGACUUUUCUCCGUCCCAAUCACAAUCCCCUUCCACCUUGGCAAUGAAACGACAAUCCACCAACCCAUUCGCAAAGCAGCCCUCAAAUAUCUCCCCUCAAUACCAAAUUCCUAACCCGAAUCAAUACCCUCUCCCGUCAACCUCGCCAACCCCUUCACAGCAACAACCUCAACCCCUUCAGCCUCAACGAACAGGAACAAACCCGUUCGCACGGCCCCAGCCACAACAAAGCGCCGAAGCUCCCGCAGCUCAACGCCUCCAGCCAAACCCAACUGGAAGCACGAAUCCUUUCCGCCAAAGCGCUUUCAUAAACCAGUCCACGGGUCAGGGGUGGCAGAAUGUUCCGCAGGGAACAAUGGGUGGGUUGGAGAAGUUGGAGACUAUCCCUGUUUUCCCUCGGCCAGGACAAAUGGCUUAA